AUGCAGAGCUACACCACUGCCUCAUCGCAGUUAACCUUCGUCUAUAGUCGAAGACGCUCCUCCAGAUUUUACGAGAACGACGUGUCGGGCCGACAGGAGACGAAGGACAUUAUUGCCAACAUUACUUCCGAAAGUCAACAUGAUCGUGGUCUUAACCUCCUUAUACAGGUUAUCGACUCCAGCGGCUUGCAUGGGCCAGCUCUAUCUUGUGGUACCAGACACUACUUGGGGCAAGGCUCCCAGUUCCUCGUGACAAAACAAACAAUCAUGACGUACACCCAUACUGGAUGCGAACACGUUUGGGUCGCCAUUAAACAACCAAAGUUCGUCCUGGACCACGACCAGAGUCUGAACCAUGGGCACGAAUCCGCUCGAAGAUAUUUGAACGACGUCUACGUAGAAGUCGCAGCGCUGACAAACAAGGCCCUAAGGCAGCACCCAAACAUAGUUCGAUUAUUAUCAUGGACUUUCAGUCAGACCGGCAUUCACUCGCCCAUCUCACUCGUCAUGGAGCUGGCUGACUGGACACUCAACAAGUAUUUAGAGGGAAAAAAAGAAAAUGCAGACUACGACGAAAAAAGGGACUUCACCUGUGACAUCGCCAAUGGCUUAGAUGCCUUGCACAAGAAUGGAUUCGUCCACGGAGAUCUAAAACCUGAAAAUAUCUUGAUAUUCCAGCAACAUCAUCGUCGUGUCGCCAAGAUAGCAGAUUUUGGCUUAUGCGUAAGUGAUACUGAGCUUGCGCACGGUGUUUGUCUGGGUGGAACUCAGGGCUGGCAAGCUCCCGAAGUAGAGAGUGGGCGUCUCUUGACCUAUGAUGGGUUGAUAAAAGCGGACAACUAUUCCUUUGGACUGCUAACCUGGAGCAUGUUUUUCGAAAAUGGGCAAACGCCGCCUAACGAGCUUCGGUCUAAUCCUCAAUCCGGCAUAGAGCAGAAGAUAAAAAACGCCGAACACACAAUCCUUGGGACGCUAUCGUUCUUGGAACCAGUUCUGCCAGCCUUGUUACAACCCGAGCCAGACAGAAGGCCGGAGUCUCUGACAUCUCUCUUCCCUGCAGCCGUAACAAAUGAGGACUUCAAGUUACGUUUCAGCCUGUUACGGUGA